UCGUCUUAUCAAGGACGCCAGAUGAAGUCUAUUCAGCUCUGCUAGCGGGACAAGCUGACUUACUUUGCAAGCAAGACUUACAGCAGCCUUCCCUCCAUAAAUGUGCACCGUCCGCCCGCCUGCACACUGCAGAGGCGCUCAACCUGCCUGUUUUACGCACAACGCAACUCCAGCCUGAGCGGCAUUGCAACUUUUCUCCGUGGUUGUUUUCAUGAAGAGCGGGAAGCUUUCGUCAAGGAACUAAGGGAGACUACUUUUUUUAAUUGCUUUUUUUGAAAAUAUCGAGGAUGCCUCGCCCUGGAAGAAACACGUACAGCGACCAGAAGCCACCUUACUCCUACAUCUCCCUCACAGCCAUGGCCAUCCAGAGCUGCCCGGAGAAGAUGCUGCCUCUCAGUGAAAUUUACAAGUUCAUCAUGGAUCGAUUCCCUUAUUAUAGGGAAAACACUCAGCGGUGGCAAAACUCUCUGCGACACAACCUGUCCUUCAACGACUGUUUCAUUAAAAUCCCCCGGCGCCCGGAUCAGCCAGGCAAGGGCAGUUUCUGGGCUCUGCACCCCAGCUGCGGGGACAUGUUUGAGAAUGGAAGUUUCUUGAGACGCCGCAAAAGGUUCAAACUGUUGAUGUCCGCCGAACACUUGGCCCAGAGUAAGCAGUCGGAUGCUGCCCAUUACCUCCAGCAGCAAGCCAAGCUGAGGCUGAGCGCCCUGGCAGCCUCUGGCACACACCUGCCCCAGAUGUCAUCUUACAACCUCGGAGUGUCUCAGUCCUCAACUUUUAAGCAUCCAUUCGCCAUCGAGAAUAUCAUCGCCAGAGAGUACAAGGUCCCGGGAAGCCUGGCGUUCUCCACCAUGCAGUCCAUGUCUGCCGGGUACCCGCUGCACAACCAGCUGACGACAGCCUGGCCCCACAUGUACAACACCAGCAUGAUUGACACGGUGGCACCGAUCUCCAUGGCGAGCGGCGACUAUAGUGCCUAUGGCAUGCCCCUCAAGUCCCUGUGUCACGGCGGACAGUCCUUACCGGCGAUUCCUUUGCCCAUCAAGCCCACCCCGACCUCCAUGGCCGGCUUCUCGGCGUUACCUACACACAUCCCCGCGUUUCUAUCAAACUCUCCGCAGUCUCUGAGCCCGACGUCCCCUCAGACAGCGACGAGCCAAAGCAGCCCUGCGACCCCGAGCGAGACCCUGACGAGCCCCUCCACACUGCAGUCUGUGGCGGUGCACUGACCAGCGGGACUCUCCCCAGUAGAACCAGCUGCUGGCCGGCUCGCAGGCCGCUUUACCAAUCCCAAAGUUUAUAUUUUCUGUCGUCGGAAACUAUCAAGGCGAGUUGCAGUUGCAUAUCGAAUUAUUUGUGUAUGUGUUGAAUGUGUCGCUUUAAAUUGUGUCAUAGAAGUCCAGCACAGGAUCGCACAGCGAAGUAUUGCUCUUGAAAAUAUAAAUUAUUUGAUAGUUCUAUUUUUCAGUUUAUUGUGAAAUGUGAGUGUUGAAAGUGGAGUUGUUUUGGCACCAUCAACUCUCAUUUGAAGUGCUUGCAAUUCCCGUGGCAGUUUUUCAGUUUUAUCAAAUAGCAAAACUUUUGCACCGUUUCUGUGUGACCACUGUAAUGUCAAUGAAAUUGCGAGGCAAUGCCUGUGUUUUUUUUGUUUGCUUUUUAAUACUGGAAUGAUGGAUAAGGGUAUACCAAAUAGGAAUAGGAUUUAGAUGUGUUCUUACCAUCCCUGUACAAAAAAGAAAACAAAAUGAGUUAUCAAAUCUUUUCAAAAUGGAAAAGUAGUAUGAGACUUCCUCAGAAUGCAAGAUGUGAAUAUUGCAAAUAACUGAUACUGAAAUGUUGUAAAAUGCACUUUUUAGUUUCUAUGUUUUAGAUAUCUAUUUUCCAGAAAAUGUUCUGUGAAGAAUUUAAUUUAAAAGGCUGUGGUGACCAUGUGUAUCAGAUGCUGUACAUUUGUACUUUUGUUUUUUUUAGGUAAAGCAUGCAUUCUAAAAAAUUGUGUUGGUACUGUUGUUGUAAAUGUUGUUGUUUGUUUUUUGUUUGUUUAUUUUUUGCAAGCAUGCGUGCUUUCGAAAAGUGUGCAAAAUCUGCAAUGAAUUGGAAAAAAAUGGUCAUCGAAAUAUUUUCUCAUUAAA